AUGACGAAGGGAGCUGGAUAUGUCAAGAAGGCAGUUGCAUGUGUAGGCGAAAGUAGAGGCCUAUCACAAUCAUGGUCGUACUUAGCAGGACGCUUUCAUAGCUAUAUUAUCGCUAAUUUGUUUCGGGGAGGCCCGGCAUUAUUUCUUAUCACCACGACACCGCUAGGAACGUGUUGCACUGUCGUUCCUCUUGUCGAACUUCAUCAUUCGGUACAGCUUCUUGCGACGAAAUCCACAGAUGUUUUCCUAAUUGUAUUCAGACAUCACAUAACUAUUACCACUCUUCAACUACAGUUGAAAGCAAUUCGCAAUGCAAUGUCCUCUACGCGUCUGCAGAACGGUUAUAUCAUUAAUAUCAUAAAGGAGGGAUCAAACCCGUCAUACCGCGGAGAUUUGACUAUCUAUGUCUGUGUGAAAGUGGGUAUGAAUGUGGGUGUAGGCAGGGAUGUAGAACUGCUGUUCUGCUAUUCAUUUCAACGGCAAGCUAAUAGCUGUGUAGAGCUGGCGCCUUUGGAGUAUAGCCAAAUUUCCAUCCCGACUAAACUUUCCCUAAAUAAGUUGAUGAUGUCAACAUACCUAUCGUGCACUUCUCUAGCAGCGAAGAUAACAGCCACUAAAUGCAUUAUUCAAGCAGCGAUUGUGGGAGAUAGAUUGAAUGCUAGAUAUGUGGGGUGUAAGUGCGGUCGAGUUCUUGGUUGUUGUUUGACGGUGUUUGUGGUUCCAGAGGAGGGUGCUGGCAGUAUUGGUUUUGUUAUUGCGUAA